CCAGGAGUGGGGAGGGGAACAGCGGAGCGUUGGACGACGAACAAUUGCUCGACGAACGAAACCCUCUCGACGACGCUCCUCGAGCGCGUCGUGGUCAUCGAGCGAGCGAGCGGGCGGAGGGCUAAGAAGGGGCGCGGGAAGAGAAGGGAAGGGAAGGGAGAGAGCGUUAGAGGAGGACGCGCGGACGCGGGAGCGUGCGGGAGACGAUGACGCUCGAAUACGUGCACGUUGGGGGCGAUUUGAUUUGAAAUUCAACUGUCAUGAACGCCGCGGCACGAGGCUCGGGGCCGAAUUGGAAGGGGCGCGGGGCUCGAUCGGGGAGAGGCUUCUGGCAUUCGGAAGGAGCAGCAGCAGCAGCAGGACGAGGAGGACGAGGCCCCAGGCAUGAGAUGAGGUUGCGGAAGCGAUGCACGAUCGGGAUACGCGCAGUGGUGCUCUAGCUGGAAUCGGGGGACAUCGGAUGUGGUGGAAUUUGUGGAUGAAAUUGGCCUGGUGCCCACUGUUCCGAUUCGGGCGAGGAUGAACGAGGGUCCGGACCGGGUUUGGUCUGGUUUGAUCGGGCGUGGAGUGGAGAGCCCCCCUGCGCAUGCUUCCAUGUGAAUGAAUGUGUUUGUGUGGAAUCGACUUUCGAGUCGGGAUCGGGGUUCCGCAGGUUGACCGAUGAAAUGAGCGGGAAUGAUGGUUUUAAGGCUGUGUGAUCGUGUGAGUGAAGUGAUACGACGUCGGAUCUUAGCUGCUGAGGGGAAUUGAGGAAUUUCGGGCAGAAUGUCCCAUCAUGACGAGGAGCUAUGUGCGGUCAUUACGCGGAUGGCUUUGGCUGGAGAUGGAGUUGUGCUGGGGCUGGGUAUGGCUGUUUUAGCUGUGCGGACGUGGCUAAAGUUCCGGUCCCAUUCGAAAGCUCUCAAGCAAGUUCAAGAAACUCCCCUCACGAGAAUUGCCGACUUGCGAAGUCUUAUUCUGCAGAAGGAUGACAAGGGCAGCAUUGAGACCCCGGACUUUGUUUCAGGCUCUCGAACGUCAACAGUUUCCCGGAAAGACGUAUCCACAAUCAUCGCAAAGCCGGUGGUGAAGUCUGUAGCUCACGCCGACUCAAAAUUAGUGAUAGUGCGGGGUCGAGUCUACACAACAGCGAAUGUGGAGUCGUCUGGAAAGGGCACUGACAGUGAUUCUUUGGUUACUCAAAAUGGGCAUGAACGAGGAGUUUAUCUGGAAAAAACUCAAACGUAUAUGCACACUGAGAUGAACAGCUUACUGGGCUGGAUAACACAGAAAGAUUUGAUCACGCUCACACGGCGAAUGGUACCAUUCGUUCUGGCUGGAAGUGAUGUUCAUUCCGACGCUUCUCAAUCCAAAGAAGUAUAUGUUCAUGUUCAGCUGGAUGACCCACCGAAGCACCCACUACCUCUUGUCACUGUGUACCAUAAAUUGCAUCCGGUUCCAGCAUCCUCCUACACCUUCUUCCAGGCUAUGUUUGGACGACGCUAUCCGGUCGGAUUACUGGAUGAAGAAAAGAUUCUUCCACUGGGAAAGGAAAUUACUGCUGUUGGGCUGAUAACUGCAUCUCCUGACGGCAACCCCAUUAUAUAUUCUUGCAAGCAUCUCCCUUGCUUCCUAACGGAGGGCACUCGCGAGCAACUGGUAACAGAGUUAGCCAGUGGAACGAAGGUUCUCUUGUGGACUGGUAUUGCCAUGAGCACCGUAGCUCUUGGUAUUCUGGGAUAUGCUUUUGUGAAAAAUUGGACCAAGUACAAGGCCAGGCAACGAGAUAGGCAAAGGAGGGACGAGGAGAGACAACAAGACAGUUUGUUGGUGGAGUAUGAAUUGGAGGAUAUAACAGACGUUCCUGACGGGGAACUCUGCAUUGUAUGCCUUGUGCGUAGACGAAGGGCAGCGUUCAUUUUUUGUGGGCAUCGUCUGUGCUGUGUGAGUUGCGCUCAAAGAGUUGAGCAGGGGGCCAAUCCCCGCUGUCCCGUCUGCAGGCAGUCAGUCACUGGCUAUGUCCGUGUGUUUGAUAGUUGAGGACCAUCCUCGCAAAUAUCUACUGUUCACGUCUUGUCUUCGGAACCUAAGAUGUUGCGUCGGUUUAGCCACUCGAAGCACUCUUUAUACAUCAAAGCUCUUCAUCGUCAUCAGUCACCACCCACGGCUGGACAGAAGCCAUCGUUGACAUUAACGAGGCCUGCAUUAGAAGCAGUUCGGGUGAUGUGCAUGUGUACAGAUUGUUGCCUUUUGAGAGGUUUCGCCUUUCACCCUGUGGAUUGGGGUUUGGAUCCUUUGAGCCGUUGAUUGAACAGUUAGCGAAACUAGCUUUAUCUCUCUUAGAAUCAAGAUUCCAGGCAUGAAGAUUCUUAUGUCUUAGUUCUACAACAGAGCAAGAGGUUCCUUCGUGGUCUCAGGCUGCGCUAUGAUCUGCAAGGAUUCGCUUCCGAGCUGUAUCCUUUGUACAAGCAGAUAGCGUCUUUUGGUCGACAGGACAUUAGAAGUAAAGCACCUCCUUGCAAUACAUCUGAAGAUUAGAGUUAUUAUUAGCUUGAAAUGCACUGAAUGUGAGUGCAGAUAUAAAGCUAUUAGAUGCGAAUGUAGUUAGUGAAGGGUCACAUUCAUCCCCGUGUUCUGAUGACGCAAGGAUUCCACAGUCCUGCUGUAAAGAAACCUUCACAGGAACUCCGCUCUGUCCU